AUGUCACUUGGUCAGCUCCCUUCAGAAAUCCUUUGCCAAAUCUUUGGUUACGUCCAAGAUACCCGACAAUUGUUGAAGAUCCAUCAAACCAUCCCCCAUCAUGAAAUCAAGAAAUGUAUCGAACUCCAUCUUUUCAAAGAAGUCCAACUAUGUAGCUGGGAAUGCUUCCACGGCCACUACUACCAAUCCACCAUCGGUGACGACAAUGACUUGGAAAUCCGAUUGAUCGAUUCCAAAAAUUCCCCCUCUUCCAUCUUGAUAAAUGUCGACACCCUCAGCUUCGAAAAACUAUCGCGGUACAAACAUAACGUGAAAAACAUCACCAUUCCCAACCAUUAUCGUGGCGAUAUGCCCGAGUUUUUCAAGCUGAAAAUCGCCGAGUUCAUCAACACUUUACCCCAACUACAGAGCCUUGUCACUUAUUACCAACUACCCCCGAUCGCCACCCCAAUAAUCUCCCUUGUUGAGCACCAUAACCCUUCCAAUUUACAGAAUUAUAAUCUUUCCCGUUUGAAAUACUUGCAAACCAAGUCUGGUAACCAAAUGUCAGAACCCAUCAAAGCCCCUGAAUUGCAAACUUUGUCCACCACCAUUUGUUUGAAAACCCUUGACGGUACCACUUGGAAAUCGUCUCCCAAACUCAGGGAGCUCGGCAUCAACUCCAUGAAAAAAUUGAAUUGUCAGCAGUUGAACCAUGAAAAUUUCCAAAGCCUACAAAAGAUAAAGAUCUCCCAGUGGGAUUCCGACUCAAUGAUGAUGUUUGAAAUCGUGGGGACUUGGAAUUUGGAUAAGUUGCGGAUUUUCUCGUUUGAUGGCAACCAUAAAAAAAUCAGCGACUCUAGCUUGUCGAAAGUCAUUAGUGGUCUGAAAAAUAUCGAUCAAUUGAACUUGACCAGGUGUUCGUAUCAUAGCAUGGACGAAUUGCUGACCCCUUUAAAACACUUGAAGAAUCUACACUCGUUGGAUUUGACCGGUAACAAAAUCAGCGCAUUUUGUAUGUUGGAAAAUUCCAACUUGCACAACCUCUGCUUGAACGACAACAAAAUUAAUGACCUCAAGAAUUUCCAAUACCACCAAGAUUUACAAGUGUUGCAAUUGUCGAAAAACCAUAUUUUACAAUUACAACAUUUGGAUAAUUUGCAACAGCUCAAGGUGUUAGAUUUAUCCUUCAAUAAGAUCUACAAGAUCCAGAAUCUUGAGACUUUGACCAACUUGGAAACCUUGGACCUUCUGCAUUGCUACAUCAAGACCAUCGAGGGGUUAUCGACCCUCACCAACCUCAAGCAUUUAAACUUGAACCAUAACCAUCAUAUCAAAUCCAUCGAGAACUUGGAAACUUUGACCAACCUCACCCAUUUAUCAUUAUCUUACACCCUGAUUGGGAAAAUCGACAAUUUGCACUCGUUGACCAAUUUGGUCAAGCUCGAAUUAUCCAACAAUAGAUUCACUAUCGUCGAGAACCUACAGAAUUUGCUCAAUCUUCAAACCCUUGAUUUGCUGAAAAACCAGGGUCAAUUGGACGUGGCACGGUUCGCCAACUUGAAGAAACUUCGUAAUAUCGAUCUUUCCGGGGGGUGCCAGUUGAUCAAUUUACAGUCGUUGCGGAAAUUACCCAAUCUUUGGAGGUUGAAUUUAACCGAUAGUUCAUGGCACUCUCAAGAUCUCACCUGGUUGAAAGAUCGUAACAUUGAUUUAUGUGGCGUUACUAUUGCCGAUCACAACAAUAAUGCUGGUGGUGGUGUGGGAAGUAUGGCAUCAAGAUUCUUUUCCGCGUUAUUCGAUUAUAUUUUGAUCUAUUGA